AUGGUUUCUAUUGCAUUAAAAAAUUUAUUGAAAACAUGCAUUCGUACAUUAUGGAAAUUAAUUCAAUUAUUAUUAUUUAUUAUUAUUGUACCACCAUUGAUUAAUUAUGCAUCAUUAAAACGUGAAGCACCUUUACUUGGACAACACGGUUUACCAUAUGAUAUUGGCUAUGGGCAAAAAUUGUUUUUACGUUGUCGAGGACACGGUACACCAACAGUUAUUUUUGAUGCUCCAACUGGUAUGAAUUCGGAUAUUUGGCUUCCUCUUCAAGAAAGUCUUAAGAAGACAACAACAGUUUGUAUCUAUGAUCGAGCUGGAUUAGGAAUGAGUGAUCCACCAGUAAGUUUGACACUUAAACAAAGUAAUAUUUCAAUUAAAAUCUAUGGAAGCAAAUUAAUAAUUGCACUUUUCAAUAUAGAAACAAAUGAAAAAGAAAAUAAACCAACAAAACAUCGUGGUAUGGAUUUCACUGUAGAAAAAAUGUCUGAAGAUCUAAAUCGUCUUGUAACUGCAACAAGUCAACAACCAAAACCAUUUAUUUUAGUUGGUGCUGAUCUUGGUGCUAUUGUAACUCGCUUUUAUGCUCAAAUGUAUGAAUUUGAUGUUAGUCAUUUAUUUUUAGUUGAUCCAUUAGUUGAAACUUUAUUAGAUAAUGAACAAUGGAAAGAUUAUUGGUAUAAUAAAAUAAUUCCUCGCCUUCAUGCUAUGCAACUAUCAGCAGCCAUUGGUGUCAAUCGAAUUCUUGUUUUAACACAUAUGAUUAAUACCCCAUUGGUUACAAAAAUAUCUGAUAAUGUAGAUGAUAACAACCUAAAUAUUAAUCAUCGUCAAAAACAUUUACUUUGCAAUGCAGCUCAUAUUAGUUCAGCUAUUCGAGAACAUUUUUAUAUGAAUGAAACAUUUUCACAAAUGAAAUUAGCAUGGCGAAUGAAAGCUUUUCCUUCGAAUGUAUCUGUAACAAUUGUUAAUCGUCGUCAGUAUGAUAAAAGCCUGUCAAAAGAUUUAAAUAAAAUAUGGGAUGAAUCACAAGAAUAUCUACGUAUGCAACUAUUUCGUAAUCGUAUUCAACAUCGAUUUAUUGAUUCUACGGAUAAAUAUUUUAUCUUUAACAAACCAGAUCUAUUAGAAUCAUUAAUUAAAGAUUCAAUAAGUCAAUGGCGAGAACAAAAAGGACUUGCAUAA